GGAACUCAAGCGGUUUAAGGCGCGAAGUAAAGGAAGCGGAAUCACCUCAGAAAGUUUGUGGAGAAAAUGUCAAGGUUUCUUAAAGCGGUUCGUAAAUACAGAAUUAAUCCGGAAGAGUCUGAGCUUUCAGAGGACGACCUGCAGACAUGGGGACUAACAGGAGUUGUGUUGAGGCCGUACCAGCUGCUUGGGGUGCAGUGGAUGGAACAAUGUAUGAAGUCUCUUACAGGCUGCAUCCUGGGGGAUGAAAUGGGUUUAGGGAAAACCUGUCAGGCCAUCAGUUUGAUGGUGUAUGCACGAGGAUGUCUCCACAUGAAGGGUCCAUUUCUGGUGCUCUGUCCACUGGUGGCUAUAGACAACUGGAAAAAUGAGUUAAAGCGUUUCUUCCCCAGAAUGUCUGUGGUUUUGUACUCUGGUGAUAUAGAUGAAAGAACCAAGAAACAGAGUAACAUGGAAAAGGAAGCUUUCCACAUCUUACUGACUAACUUUGAGAUAUGCUUGAAUGAUGCGGCAGUAUUAAAAAGGUGGAAAUGGAGUAUUAUGAUGGUGGAUGAAGCUCAGCGGCUGAAGAAUGAAUUUUCUAAGCUUCACCAAAAACUUACAGAGUUCACUGUGGACUUCAGACUUUUGAUAACUGGAACUCCCAUCCAGAAUAGACUUGAGGAACUCUACUCGCUCCUCUCCUUUAUCCAGCCCAAUGAUUUCCCACCCGAUUCUGCGAAAGAUUUUUGCACCACAUAUGACAGCGUAGACACUAAUCAAACAAAAGCUGAGGAGCUCCACAGGGUUCUCCAGCCCUUCCUGCUGUGCAGGUUCAAGGACGAAGUGGAAAGGGACCUGCCAAAGAAGUUGGAGGUGGUGGUUUAUCACGGGAUGUCUUCUCUCCAGAAGAAGUUCUACAAAGCCAUUCGGAAUAAGGACCGGUCUGUCUUUGGACAACAUCAGGGCAAAGGUAACCAGCUCACGAAUAUUCAGAUUCAGCUCAGGAAGUGUGUGUGCCACCCCUACCUGUUCAACGGUGUGGAGUCCGAGCCAUUUGAAAUUGGGGAACACUUGGUGGAAGCGAGUGCGAAACUCUCUCUGCUCGAUGCGAUGCUUUCCCAGCUGCAUGAGGAGGGCCACAAGGUUCUGUUAUUCUCUCAAAUGAUCAGGAUGUUGGAUAUUUUGCAGGACUACCUGACGUACAGAGGUUAUACCUAUGAGCGUCUGGAUGGAUCGGCGCGAGCAGAAGAGCGCUCACUUGCCAUCAAGAACUUCAGAGACGAGGAUACCUUCAUCUUCUUGGUCAGCACCAGGGCUGGCGGGGUUAGUUUGAACCUGAUGGAAGCUGACACUGUAAUCUUCUAUGACAGCGAUUAUAAUCCACAGAAUGACCUGCAAGCAGAGUCUCGUGCUCACCGGAUCGGACAGAGGAGGCCUGUGAAAGUGUUCCGGUUGCUGGGGAUGGGCACGGUGGAGGAGGACAUUUACUCCCACGCUAACACCAAACUGAAACUCUACAAAGCAGUGAUCAAGAGCGGACUGUUCCCUCUGUCCAGAGAUAGUCAGGAUGCUGCUGAGUCAAGUGAAAUCAAGAAGUUAGGAGUCCACAAACGGCCGCCAUCAGAUAAGAGCUCGGUUUCGCGUGUGAAUGUUCAGCAGAUACUGGGACAGUCAGGAGACAAACAGUGGCUGAUAGACGAGGAGAACCUCAGGCUUGCUGAGGAUCUGGAGAUAAAGACUCAUAUGUACAUCUUUGAGGGGACGGACUACUCCAUAAGCCCCACCGAGGACGACGAUGAAAUGAUUCCGGAGAACUCUGGGGACGAGGGACGCAGUCAACAGCACAAAGUCAAAGGUUCAGUCUCUGAAGAAUUACCAUUGAAGACAAGACUAAGGAGCCUUUUGACCGAGUCGGAGCUGGAAAAGAGGCGUCAGACGGAAGAGGAAAAUGCUGCUGAAAAAGCCAGGGCUCAGAAAGAGAAGAAGCAGCAGCGUGAGGAGCAAAAACACAAGAAGAAGAUGGAUUUGUGGGCAUCAUGUGGCUAUAAAUCUCUGUCCCUGCCCUCUGCUGAUAGCGAAGGUGAGGAUGAAUAUGAGGAUGAUUAUGAUGAAGAAGAGGACAACAGCAAUGUGACCUUAGCAGACUCGGAUAUUCAGUUUGUGAGCGGUGACGUCACACACCCUCAGGCUGAGAGCGAGGACGCCAUCAUCGUUCACUGUGUGGAUGAUUCUGGAAAGUGGGGAAACGGUGGCUUGUUUACAGCUCUGUUGCGCCGUUCAGUGGAGGUGAAGAAUCAGUAUGAAAUGGCCGGACGCAUGUUGGACCUGGAUAUCGGGAACGUGCUGCUGAUUCCCAUCGACGACAAGCAGUCGAGGGAGUGCGGAAAAGACUUUGUGACUCUGAUCGUGGCACAAAGGAGAUAUAAAAGCAACAAGCUGUCAGGGAUUAGCCUCACUGCCCUGGAGGAGGGGCUCAAGAAGAUCUACAGAACUGCCAAGGCCAAGAAUGCAAGCGUCCACCUUCCACGAAUCGGGGAAACCACUAAAGACUUCAACUGGUACGGCACUGAGAGACUGAUACGCAAGCACUUAGCCUCGCGAGGCAUUCCCACCUUCAUAUACUACUACAAGCGUCCAGCCUUUCAGUCCACCACGAGGACUCCGUCUCCAGACACAGAGACCCCGUCUACCUCAAGCUCAGCAACCAGUCCACCGGAAGCUUCCGGGACGACGCAGUGGUGCGGUUUACCCGACUUUAUGAGAGGAGUCAGUGUGUUUUUCUACAACAUCGGAGCGGCGGAGAGAAAGCAACUCACACGCCACCUCAUCGCGUAUGACGGAGAUAAAGAAGACAUCAUGAGCUCACAGGUCACUCACAUAGUUGCUGAGGUGGAAAGUCCAGCUCAUACCCAGGAGUUACAGGAUAUGUGUCAGCAGUAUCCUCAUGCCAUCCUGGUACAGAAGAGAUGGCUGAGGUCUUGUUUUGUCACCCAGAAAAAACUCUCUUCUUCAAAGUACAUCCUGAAGUUAGAAUAAAUGAGAAGGUUUUUGUUUGUUGUUGUUUUUAUUAUAGAAAAAAAUGAAUUUGUUCAAGUUAUGAAGUUGACAAGUUAAAAACCUCGGUCUCGUUCUGCUGAUGUGUUUUGGGCUGGGAAAAUAAAAUAAGCUAUUUCUUUCA